CGUCCAUCUCUAUCACCCAAACAGCUGCAGUCGCAACAUCGAGAAACGAGAAAAGAAAUCCGAAAAACUUUCGCAAAAUGAGCCUGCAAAAUGUGUGCCGCAAGGGCAAUGCCUUCAACCUGUUGAACGUCUCUAGAAAAGUUCAAUGUCGCGCUUUGUCGGCCGCUGUGGCAAGUCCACAGCCCAAGCAGAAAAACACCCAGAACAUAGUUUUGGUUGAUGGAGUUCGCACACCUUUCCUGACCUCCGGAACCUCAUAUUCCAAGCUGAUGCCCCACGAACUGGCCAGGCACUCGCUUUUGUCGCUUUUGCAAAAGAAUCGUCUGGACAAGGAGCUUAUCGACUAUAUUGUGUAUGGCAGCGUUAUCCAGGAGGUCAAGACCUCGAAUAUUGCCAGGGAGGCUGCUCUGGCAGCUGGUUUCAGCAACAAGACUCCCGCCCACACUGUGACCAUGGCAUGCAUCAGUUCCAAUGCGGCCAUCACCACGGGCAUGGGUCUGAUUGCCACCAAUACCUACGAUGUGAUAGUGGCCGGCGGCGUGGAGUUCAUGUCCGAUGUGCCCAUCCGUCACUCACGCAAGAUGCGCUCUCUGCUCUUAAGGGCAAACAAGGCCAAGACUCUGGGCCAACGAUUGUCCCUGCUCUCGACCUUCAGGCCAGACUUCUUGGCCCCCGAACUGCCCGCCGUGGCUGAGUUCUCUUCCGGCGAGACCAUGGGCCACUCGGCCGACCGCCUGGCCUCCGCCUUUAACGUUUCCCGCAGCGAACAGGAUGAGUACGCCCUGCGCUCCCACACGCUGGCCAAGGAGGCCCAGGAGAAGGGCUACUUCACCGAUCUGGUGCCCUUCAAGGUGUCUGGCGUGGACCAGAUAGUGGACAAGGACAACGGCAUCCGCGUGUCCAGCCCCGAGAGCCUGGCCAAGCUGAGGCCCGCCUUUGUAAAGCCCUACGGCACUGUGACGGCGGCCAACGCCUCUUUCCUCACCGAUGGCGCCUCCGCCUGCUUGGUCAUGACCGAGGAGAAGGCCAAGCAGCUGGGCCUGAAGCCCAAGGCUUUUCUGCGCGACUUCCUGUACGUCUCGCAGGAUCCCGUCAACCAGCUGCUGCUGGGACCUGCCUAUGGAAUCCCCAAGCUGCUCAAGAAGUCUGGUCUCACCCUGAAGGACAUUGACUCCUGGGAGAUUCACGAGGCCUUCGCCGGACAGAUCGUGGCCAAUUUGAAGGCCCUGGACUCCGACUGGUUCUGCAAGACGUACUUGGGUCUGAGCGAGAAGGUCGGCAGCCCCGAUCUGUCCAAGUGGAACAACUGGGGCGGCUCCCUGUCCAUUGGCCAUCCGUUCGCCGCCACCGGCGUCCGCCUCUGCAUGCACACGGCCAACCGCCUGGUCCGAGAGGACGGCAAACUGGGAGUGGUGGCCGCCUGUGCUGCCGGAGGGCAGGGCGUGGCCAUGCUCAUCGAGCGCUAUCCGGGCGCCACAGCCGACUGAAGUCGCAUUGAAAUCGACCAGGAUGGGAGUGCAGUGUGACUGCGAGAUUGCCUAGCUUUUAUAAACUUUACAACUAUGUCUAUAUGAAUAAUGAAAUCUGAAUUUUA